AAUAUUCGGCUGCAAGUCAAUUCGACCGCGCGCCAUGUAAUGUUUGCAAUGAUGUUUUGAGUGCAUUUUACGAGUUUUACGUGAAAAUAAAGUGAUAUUAAGUUAAAAUGGGGCGCCGGUCGAUUAAUACCACUAAGAGUGGUAAAUACAUGAAUCCCACCGACCAAGCCAGAAAAGAAGCCCGGAAACAGGAAUUAAAAAAGAAUAAAAAGCAGAGACAGAUGGUACGGGCCGCUGUUUUGAAAGGCAAAGACCCGCAACAGAUUUUAGAAGAAAUGGAAAAAAUUGAUCAGAUGGAGUAUAAUGUUUAUCAACCGUCGCCCUUAAAUGAGAAAGUUUUAAAAGACAAGAGAAAAAAGUUAAGGGAUACGUUAGAUCGAGUUCUUAGUAUGUAUUAUAAAGACGAUCCUGAUAAGUGGGCCGAUUUGAAACGAAGACAAGCCGAUUAUGAACAUAAAAGGAACCAAUUAGUCGCAUUUUAUGAGUCUGUUAAGAGUGCACAGCAAGUCCAAGUUGAUGAAAUUCCUCUGCCACAACUACCCCAACAACCAAGUAAUGCCCCAGCGCAAAUCCCGCUACCUUCGGAAAGAAAACAAGAGCACACGAUUUAUUCCAUAGCCACCGCGCUAAAGUUGCAAGCACUGGGCCAGCCUGUGCGUGAGCCCCCCGGGUGCCCCCCCGGCCCGCCACCAGACAUCAACGACGACGGCGAAGUGGAAGACUUCACUCGAACCGACGACGAAAAGGACGAAACAACUGAAGACUCCGACACAGACCCCUCCUCCAAGCCCACCUCCCUCCAACAGAAAAUGGUGGCUUUAUCUGGCCAAAACGUCGACGACUUCAUGAAAGAAAUGGAAGUCGUCCAGAAAAAACUCGAAACAAAAGAAGACGAAACCCGGGCUAAAACCCACCCUGAACCACUCAUCCCUCCCGGAACGGACCUCCCACAGCCCCCCACUCCACUCCUAUUCCCCAAUCCUGGACUUCGAUUGCCUCCAGGCCCGCCCCCCGGCCGUCCCCUUCUCCCCCCAGCGCCACCACCGGGAUUACCACCGCCGCCUAGGAUGCCGCUGCGUAUCCCACCAGCGCCACCUAGGAUGAUUCGCUUGCAUGGGCCCCCGCCUACGCUCCCAGGGGGCCCCAAUUUGCCCUUAGGGACCCCGAAUGUGUUGUCGGCAGCCCCCCAACUCAUAAAUCGGGUCGAGUCGACCAAACAGGGGGCGACGAUUUCGGCGAAGCCCCAAAUUCGCAACUUGAGUGCUGAUGUGACGAGGUUUGUGCCCUCGGCGUUGAGGGUUAAAAGGGAGGAUAAAAAACACAAGCCAAAUACGAGGACGUUGCACGAGUUGAAGCAGAAAGAGUACCAUUUGCAUCAAAAUACGCACCCAGAGCAACAUACGAAAGAUGACGCCUAUAAGCAGUUUAUGGAAGAAAUGCAGACGCUAUUGUAGUUUCUUUUAUUAAAAAAAUUACAGUUUCCUGUAAUGAAAA